UGUUGUGUUCAGUGUAGACGUGACACCAGUUACUGCUUCUGACCAGAUCAGGCAAACAGUGAAGGACUUCAGUUACUGUGCAAGAUGAGAGGUUCACUGUUACUGCUUAGUGCUCUGUUACUGCUGGAGUCCACAGUGGAAAUGAAAGAAUAUCAACUAGGCCAACCUGAGACAAACAAAAUUAUUGACAAGGCAAUAAAAGCCGCCAAUGAGAGACAUGGAAAAACCAAACACCUUGAUUUUGACUCCAUUUUAAGUUCUAAUUAUGACAAGCGCAUGCUUAAUGUGUUAUUAAAACCCACCACAUGUGACAAGACAGAACCGUUUGUCCAUCGGAAAGAAUGUAAAAUCCGAAAUGCUACACCUCAAGUUUCUUGCAUUGAAUGUCGGGGAGAGAUUACCUGUUUCCUUCUCAAAGAACAAGAGAAGAUUAAACAAAAUGUAUCCAAUUGUUUGAAUCCCCCAAAGAGAUCCCAUAUUGCUGGGGGUGUAAAUCUGUUGGCACAAACGGCAGAAGAUGAGCAACAAACUGGAUGUCUGGGAUGCAUCUGAGAAAUAAAAACGAUCAAGGAUCUUUGAAACUGGCCAUGAAAAAAAACAAACAAGACAAAACAAAAUUACUAAUGAAAUGUACCCUAUAAUAUAAUUUUGACCUCUCAGGCCAAGUUUCUUUAUCUUGAAUUUAAUUAUGAAGAUUAAUGUGUAUUUUUGCUCAAUUAUCAGUUUUCUCAGUAUGUUUCAAUGUUAUGAUGCAAUUUUGGGAGAAAUAUGGAAAAUACAGUAGCCUUCAUUAGUAUGUCCUAGUGUUUAAUAACAUACAAGUCAAAUUAAUAAUUGUUUUUGGCACUGAAUUUGAGAGGUCCAGCAUUUUGAAGAGAUCUGUAAACGGACGUCCUCCAGUGAGACGCUGGUAUUUACUGGUUGCGGUUGUUUUAGUGGUUUAGUGUUUUAAAGUAAGGGGACUUGAAGGUAUGAAGGAUUUUUAUUUUUUUUUAUUAAUCAUAACUAACAUUUCUCUUUCUUGCAGGAUUAACAUUUAUAUGCUUUUGAAAACUAAAUGUCCCCAAUUGUUAGUGUGUCUGAAUAUUACAAAAGGGGAAACAAAACUAGAAGGAGGAAACUAAACUAAACCCUGUCUAAAUAUAUAACCUCAUGACUUGAGUAACAAGCUGAAGUAAUCAUGAAAUCCAGAUUUGCUUUUACCUAUAGAAACAGAAGGGUUUGCUGAAUUAUACAUAUCAAGAACCAAUCAUAUUGUAGAAAAAUGAUGUAAUGAAUCAUGUCACCUUUUUCAUGCUCCUAUGCUAUAAAAACUGUUUUUGUUGGAGGAUUCUCUCUGAAAAUGGUCAGAUCCUCCCGGCUGUGAUUAAAGCAUAUUCAAAGGCA